UUGGACUCGGAGUCUGCACGAGCGAUCCAGACAUGGCCACUGGAUCCUGCAAUCACCCUGCGUUAUGCUACAAUUGCGGACACCCCACGAGCGCCGACAUCCCACCUUGUCCUCUCUUCAACGUCUCGGACACCAACUGGCGCUCGAGCCUCAGAUCUGGAGCAGAGCCCUCUGACGAGCAACGCGCGAUGCUAAGCGUCGAGAUAGAUGCGCUAGAAGCCGUGGCGGAUGCACAUCAGAAGGAGCUAGACAAGCUCACCUCGAGAUUGGCCAACAUACAAGCGCAGAUCGAUCGGCGUUCUUCCUUCCUGCACUGUCCCAUUCGCCGUCUACCCGACGAUGUGAUGACGGAUAUCCUGGUACUACUGUGGAGCUCCUCUGGUGUACUUUCCGACGCCGAGGUCAUCGUCAAAGGCGAAGCACCUGCAGACGACCUGCCGGCGCUGCUCCCUUCGUCGAAAUAUCCUCCCCCUCACGUAUGCGCGUGGUGGCGUGGCCUCGUCUUCUCUCAUCCUUCCCUGCGGCCAUACAUCGAAAUUCAUGUACAAUCCCUGACAAAGCAUACACUGAUUGACGGAGACAUCCUGCGCGAGGAUGUGGCGCUCGGUCUCGCGCGCCUGCCGUAUCCGGAGAUGCAUAUUCGCCUCAUGCAGCGAGAAGACGGCCCCCCUUGCGCUGGGUUGAAUGAGCAGACACUGCUUUGCAGCCGAUGGAGGCGAGCGGUCAUGCAGUAUCUUCCUGUGGAAACAAUGCAGGAUCUUGCUUCUGCCCACCUACCGCGACUUAUUCACGCAAACAUAUUCGUGAAGCCGACACUCGAUACUUGGGGUCGAGAGCUUCAGUUCGCACCCACUGCGGACGAUCGGCGAUCCCUAUUCACCGAUGCACCAAUUCUCCACAGUUUUUGUCUGACCAUAGAAAGCCAUAUCGACUUCACAGUGCGGAGGCUGCCGUUCUCUUUACCCUGGCUUCAAUUGCAAUUGCUCAAGGUUUACGAUUGUCCUCUGCAGGCCUGCCUCGAGCUCUUAGCCGAGUGCAAAGCGCUACGGUACCUCUAUUGGUGGAACGAAGAGGACGAUGACGAGGAUAACAGAGAGCACGAGGAGGAGGGCAUGCCCGCCGGUCACAUCGUCAACGCCUCGCUGACAGAGCUGGCUCUGAUCGUCCACGGCUUCGGAACGUUCAGUGCACAACGCCUAUUGGAGCGAAUAACAACCCCUCGCCUGACAACUCUCGAACUGUGGUGCAUCCCACUGGAUAGCCUCUUGCCUUUCCUCGAACGAUCUGAAUGCCAUAUCACAUCGCUUUACCUCUACAUGUCCGUAUUCUGGGUGUCAGCAUCCGAAAUCAGUACGCUCUUCGACGCGUUGCCGGAUCUAGAAUCCCUUACCUUCGAAUACACUCCGGAAAUCAAAGAAGGCUGGGUCCCCCAUGCAGAAGGCGAGACGAUGGACGAUAUUCUGCAAAGCCUAAGGCAAGGCAUCGGAUGCGAGGGAUGCUGGCCUCGCUUAGCCGUCCUACAUUUUCUCUGCAACGAGCGGUGCGAGAUCAACUUCGCCUACGACUUUCUACAUCGUUGGCGGCGCGUCGAAUCCAAGGUUGCGAAGGAGCUUUGGUUGGAGACACCGUUGAAUCCAGCGGCUGUAGCGAGUCUUCGGGAAUUGGCCGAGGCAAGCCAUGUCGAAGUCUAUGGUCUGGAAAAGUGCGCCGCAAUGUACAAGUCGUUGCCGGCCUUCAAGGCGCCGUCUUCGCGGUAAUUUUUUGCUCAGAUUGUUGAGAAUAGCAGACCCGACUGACGUGCGUCUGCAGGAGGGACAAGGAUGACUGAGAAGAGGGGCGGUUACACAUAUUAUACAGACAUCCC